UCACCUUUCCAUUGCUGAACGGCCUGGCGCCAUGGCUUCCAGAAUGGAUUCGGGCUUGGAGGGAAGCAUGCAGAGUCUACCCACCAAGGAAGAGACUCACGAUGAUGGCGAGAGUGUGCGUGUCUACUUGCGGGUGCGACCAGCCACAGAGAGGGAGUUGGCCAUUGCAAGUCCACAGGUGAUCUUUGUGGAUGGUCCAUCGGUGGUGGUGAAGUCGGAUCCGCCACGUUCCUUCACCUUCGAUGGGGUCCUCGGAGAGACCUCCACGCAACAGGAGGUCUUCGAAAGUGUUGGGCGAGCUGUGGGCUCUAGCUGUUUGGCCGGCUACAACGGGAGCGUCUACGUCUAUGGCCAAACCGGGGCCGGGAAGACUCACACCAUGUGCGGACCCAUCAACUCGGUGCAAUCAAUGCAGUUCGAUGAACGUCGCGGCAUCCUUUGUCGCAUGCUGGACUUUAUUUUCGCCGAGGUGGCCCGACGUGGAGCCGAUGGAAGCUCCAGUGAACAUCGCUGUAGGUGCUCCUUUCUGGAGAUCUACAAGGAGCAGAUCACGGAUCUUCUGGAGCCGCAGAACGCCAACCUUCAAGUGAGAGAGGAUCUCACUCGUGGUGUCUACGUGGAACGCCUCAGUGAGGUUGCUGUCAGCAGCUUGGCGGAAGCCUUUCAGGUGCCGUCGCGCAACCGUUGA